AGAUUUUAGUCUUGAUUUUAUAACUCACUUUUGCUUUACUUUAUAGAAAAAUAAAAUAAAAUAAAAUAAAAACCGUUAUAAUUAAUAAUUCAUCAUUUCAUCCUUAAAUUAGCUGGUUGAACGUUGAAACCUUGUGCUGCAUUCAAUUCCCUUCUAAGAAUUUCAUGAGCUUCUCGUCCCCUUCCUUCAUCCCCCAUAGCCACCAUUAACAACCCGUAAAAAGCUCUUUUCAACUAGCAUACACAAAACGUCAUAGCCAAAAUCUCCACAUGUACUCAUUCCUUGUCACACCCAAAAUGUUUUCCCAACAUUCCUGCUUCUGAAGGGUCAACAGUUGCAGGAUUCAAAGCAGCAAUGAGGGUUUUAGGGGAGUCGUGGUGUUUUUGUAAUGGUGGAGGCAAGUCGGAGAGAACCAAAGCCUCCAUUUUCUCCGGCAAAGGUCCCGCUAUGGCUCGAAUUUCCACCGACGGAUUGGUUUCCGGUACCGGAUUCCUUAUCCACCGGAACCUUCUCCUUACAACACACGCCAUCCUUCCGUCGGUAGCUGCCGCCGAGGCCGCCGAGAUCCGGCUUCAAAACGGUGUCGGCGCUUCCCUUUUCCCUCACAGGUUUUACAUAACUAGCUCUGUUCUGGAUCUAACAAUAGUGGGCCUAGACUCCAUGGAUGGAGACUCAAAUGCAACAAAUCAGCAACCUCACUACCUGAAAACCUGUUGUAAAUCAGGUCUAAACCUGGGUAACAUAGUCUACAUUCUAGGCUACACCGAUAAAAACGAGCUAACUGUUGGUGAAGCAAAGGUGGUGAUAGCAACCGACAAUCUCAUAAAGGUCUGCACCGAUGGAGUCACAUGGAGCCCCGGUUCGGCCGGGUUCGACCCACAAGGUAACCUCUCGUUCAUGGUCUGUGACCCAAUGAAGCUAGCCACCUCCCCAAACACAAAAUCCUCUUCCACCACCACCACCUCAUCAUCUUCUUCAUCAUGGAAAAAAGAUCUCCCACUGCAAUUUGGCAUCCCGAUUCCUGUAAUCUGUGAUUGGUUAAACCAAAAUUGGGAAGGCAACCUGGAUGAUUUGGUAAACAAACCAAAAUUACCCCUCAUUCGAUUAAUGUCCACAGGUCAAAAAAGUGAACAAUCAUGUACUUCCUUCACUAUGCGACAAGUUUUUAAAACAAUCGAUCCUCACCAACCCGAAAACAUAACCUCAAAAUCAGAAGACCAACCGGACCCGGACCCAGACCCCAGUUCCAGUUCUUCCAUAGGUGAAACCCCGACCCGUGAUCAAGGAAUCCGGACACCCGAGAUAUACGAGUCGCCAAAACUGAUCUCGGGUCCUUUCAGAAAUCACCAAAAUACCCCUCAGAUUCAGCUUUUGGAUAUCAACUUCCCUCCUAAGAAUAAGAGCAAUAAGAUUGCUAAUCCUAAUCCUAAACCAUCUGAGCCGGUGGUUAAAGAGCAAUCAGAAGCGGAGAGUGAGGUGUCGGUGUCAGAGGGGCAAAAUGGGUAUAUCAGUGAAGGGGAAACGACGAUGUAUUCGGCUGAAACAGCUGAGAGCCGUAACUACCCGAGUCCUAAAGAAGGGCGUUUUGGUCAGAAAGGAGUUGGGAUUGGGAGGAGCCAAAGCUGUGUAAACUACAACCGAAAAUGGGUGCCGGUUCAGGGGAACACGGUGGCUCGUGGGAGGUCGCUUGAAAAGCAGAGAAGCUAUAUUCAGCAGGGUAGAAAGGUCUUUUCACAAGGGGCAACCUCUCAUAGGAGUAAUGACUAUUAUAGCCCUACUGUGUCUUCGAUUAUGAAGAAACGGAACAAUGAGCAGUGGCCUAAUGCUAAUAGGCCUCGUAAUAGGCCCACUGCGGUUCAUUCUUCGCCAAAAUGGGCGUUUUAAUGUCGUUUUGAGGUAAUAAUUUUUUUUUUUUUUUAAAAUAAUAUCUUUGGUCUCAUUUUUAUAUAUUGUAACUAGUUUCUAAAUGUGCAGUUUGAGAUAAAGAUUUAAUAAAUCUAAUUUUUUGGGAUAUGUUCUUGUAUUUCCAUCUAAUCAGUUUAAUUGUAAAUUUUUUGUGACGAAUUUGGAAAGCCAGAAUUAUAUGUUUGUCCUUUGUAAAGAUACUUGUUCAUAAGGAUUUCUUUAUUUAUUUUGUAAUUUGUAAUGAUAAUGGUUCAUAAGUCAUAAGUUGUAUAUUUAUUUGUGACUUGUUCAUU